AUGGAGAAACUCCCUAGAGAAAUCGAAGUAGAUAUUUUUUCACGGUUACCGGGUGAAACUCUGUUACCUUCCAAACGAGUAUGCAAGACCUGGCGAGAUCUAUUCCUUGAUAACCAUUUUAUUGAUGUUCAUCUACGUCGUCAAUUUAUAGGAUUUGAAGACAAAGAAGAUCAUCCAUACUACCAUAAGGGGGGUUCUUCUUCUUGUUCCAGUAACAAUAAAGAUGAUGCUGAGGUGAGUUUUCUUAUUCUGGGAGAUUGGCAUGAUAAAAGUCAAAACAAAUCAUUUUAUUAUGGUAAUUAUUCCAAUGAGAAACAGCAGUUCACUUGUAAGAAGCUGAAAGCAGAGGGCAAUAAACUUUUUGCACCCAAUUCGAAUUAUUCCGUCGUUGGCUCAUGCAACGGCCUGAUUUGUUUCUCGACAUCUCAUAUUUCUAAGUUAUUCGUCAGCAAUGAUCCUGUUUGUGUAUGUAAUCCCAUCACAGGAGAAGUGUUCAAUCUUCCAAACUUCAUCCCUAACCGUCAACCGGAAGACCAAACAACUACUGUUAAUAUCGCAUCUGGAUUUGGUUUCGUUCCUUCAACUAAUGAAUACAAGGUUGUUAGAAUUUGCUACUAUAGAUGUACUGACAGGUCUAUGGACUGGGUGCCCUUAGAGGUCCAGGUAUGUACACUUGACGAAGAAGGGAUAUAUGAUAUGUCGAAGGCUUUCGACCGAGUUGAAUGA